CGCAAUCGUAGCUCUUCAAUUGAACGACACGAUUUCUUCACGAUGCGUCUCUUCGGCGAUCUGAUAUUCGCCCUCCUCUUGGCGCCAUGCCUCGCCGCCAAAAAGGCCGCCACGGACCGAUUCCCCGACUUCCACGCCAAGUCGCUGGCGUCGUCACCAUUGAAGCUCACUGAUGCGAGCUAUGGCCGAUUGACUAAGGCACCGCGGGAUUACUCCGUCGCAGUCCUCUUGACGGCUCUGGAGCCAAGAUUUGGAUGCGUGAUGUGCAACGAAUUCCAGCCGGAAUGGGAACUUCUGGGCAAGAGCUGGACCAAGGGCGACAAGAAGGGCGAGUCUCGUCUGAUAUAUGGCACACUGGACUUUGCCGAUGGCAAAGACACUUUCCAAUCUCUUGGGCUUCAAACUGCCCCAGUAUUGUUAUUCUUCCGACCCACCACUGGCCCUCUUGCUGUUGCAGGCAACGCACCUAUCAAAUAUGACUUCACUGGCGGACACCAAACCGCCGAGCAAAUCCACGCCUGGGUCAGCCGACAAAUACCGGAUGGCCCUCACCCUGCGAUAAGCCGCCCUAUCAACUGGGUACGCAUUAUCGCAGUGUCAACGACUGUUCUCGCAACGAUCACAUUCCUGGGCGUUGCGUGGCCGUACCUGUUGCCUAUCAUUCAGAACCGCAACUUGUGGGCGGCUAUCAGCUUGAUUGCCAUUCUCCUCUUCACGAGCGGACAUAUGUUUAAUCACAUUAGAAAGGUGCCUUAUGUCGUCGGUGAUGGACAUGGUGGCGUCAGUUAUUUCGCAGGAGGCUUCUCCAACCAGUAUGGUCUCGAGACUCAAAUAGUUGCAGCCAUGUAUGGCCUUCUAUCCUUUGCUACCAUCUCGCUGGCCCUCAAGGUUCCCCGCAUAUCGGACCCGAGGACUCAGCAAGUUGCUGUGAUUGUGUGGUGCGGUAUUAUCUUCGUCAUGUACAGCUUUUUACUGAGCGUUUUCCGCAUCAAGAAUGGUGGAUACCCAUUCUGGCUUCCACCUUUCUCAUAGACGUACAAUAUUCUAGAUACGUCGUGAUGACAAGAUGAGAGAAAACAAUGGCUUCGUGGUGUGGGGUGGCUGAAGAAGUCGAAGACUGUGGCGUUGUAAGAAUUACUGGGUUUCCAAAAAAUGAGACUUAGAAUGUAUAGAACGGGCAAUGUAUGCCUUUAUGUAUUUGACCAAUUGCUC